AAUGUCAGGACGUGGUAAAGGAGGCAAAGUGAAGGGAAAGGCAAAGAGCCGAUCUUCCCGUGCCGGACUACAGUUUCCCGUUGGUCGUAUCCACCGUCUGCUGAGGAAGGGCAACUACGCCGAGAGAGUGGGAGCCGGUGCCCCAGUGUAUCUGGCCGCUGUCCUUGAGUACUUGGCCGCUGAAGUGUUGGAGUUGGCAGGCAACGCAGCCCGUGACAACAAGAAAACCAGAAUCAUCCCCCGUCAUCUGCAGCUUGCUAUCCGCAACGACGAGGAGUUGAACAAACUUCUGUCCGGUGUGACCAUCGCACAGGGUGGUGUUUUGCCCAACAUCCAGGCCGUGCUCCUCCCCAAGAAGACCCAGAAGCCAGCCGCCAAGUAAAAAGUCAGCCCUGUCGACUUGACUUGUCUGUACCAAACGGCCGUUUUCACGGCCACCCAUA